AUGUAAAGAAUAAGACCGACUUAAAAAUUCCUUCGUUCCUUAACUACCAAGAACCACAAUCUUAGUUAGCUUUCAAACAUUUUAGCCAAGGGGCAAAUCAGUGUGAGAAUGUUUGCUUCCGACAAUUUCAGAGAUAAAGAGCUGGGAGAGGAGCAGGUGUAUUUUGGCAUGAGAGACAGUACUUAAUAUAUUAAAGCCAUUCAAAGUUAAUAAUAUUUUUUAGAGGAGAGCCUCAAGAAGCUAAUGCGCCGCAUCAGAGAAAACGAGUUGAGUUCACCCGAGGUAGUAAAGCAUGAAAAGGAUAAACUCAAACACAUAUUCCAAGAUCAUAAGAUCGACGAAAAGGAAUAGAAGAAUCUUUAUGAUGAGCUUAUCAACUGGAAGAAAUAAGAAUGA